AUGGAAUCAGGGGAGUAUUUUCUUCUCCACUUCCAUGGGGGCGGUUAUGUUCUCGGAAGCCCUCUGCCACUCGACAGCGGAUAUUUCGCCGGCGUGUUCUCAAAAUACACCACUCCAAAGGUCCUGUUUGCUGGAUACAGAUUAACAUGCGUGCCAGAGGGGCGUUUCCCGGCAGCCCUUCAGGAUGCCGUCACUGCUUAUCUACAUGUCUUGUCCUUGGGGGUUUCAGCAGAAAACAUCAUCGUCAGUGGUGACAGCGCAGGUGGCCAUCUUGUCAUCUCCUUGGUGAGAUAUAUCAGCGAGUACUUGCCAGACACUCCAAGCCCCAAGGCUGCUUUGCUCUGGUCUCCGUGGAUCGAUAUUCGGGCGGCGACACCAGCACAUCACGUUCGACAGCGAAAGAACUACAGCACAGAUUAUCUACCAGCCGACUUUGCCGAAUGGGCAACCGAGUCUUUUGCCCCAGAAGGCAUCGUCGAUAGGAGCGGGCCGUAUGUUACUUUGAAGAGAAAACCGUUCAGAACCAGGACGAAGAUGUGGGCCCACGUCGGAGAUGCAGAAUUGCUCUACGAUGAGGUUGUUGAAUUGGGUUCGGGAUAUGAGAGAGGUUUGGAACGACAUGGCUAUACGCAUUGA